CGGAAACACUGUGAAUGAAUGUUAUAUAAACUUUGUAGAACACAGCCCGCCAUUUUAGUUCUUGUGAAGAAUCCGUUAAUCGCGCACGUUUUCCGAGUGUUUCUAUUUUUAAGUCUACGAAGCAAUAAAAUACAAAAAUAUGGCAGCGAAAGCACCAGCAGUGGGUAUCGACUUGGGUACCACCUACUCUUGUGUGGGUGUGUUCCAGCAUGGCAAGGUGGAGAUCAUCGCCAAUGACCAAGGCAACAGGACAACACCAUCGUAUGUUGCCUUCACAGACACCGAGCGUCUGAUCGGUGAUGCCGCUAAGAACCAGGUGGCGAUGAACCCCAACAACACAAUUUUUGAUGCCAAACGUUUGAUUGGUCGUAAGUUCGAGGAUGCCACUGUACAAGCUGACAUGAAGCACUGGCCCUUCGAAGUGGUCAGUGAUGGAGGCAAACCAAAGAUUAAAGUAGCAUACAAAGGUGAAGAUAAGACCUUCUUCCCUGAAGAAGUGAGCUCAAUGGUGCUUACAAAAAUGAAGGAAACAGCCGAGGCUUACCUCGGUAAAACUGUGCAGAAUGCAGUCAUUACGGUUCCUGCGUAUUUCAACGACUCUCAGAGACAAGCCACAAAAGAUGCGGGUACCAUCUCUGGCUUGAAUAUUCUCCGAAUCAUCAAUGAACCGACUGCUGCGGCGAUUGCGUACGGUCUUGACAAAAAGGGGGGCGGAGAACGUAACGUCCUCAUUUUUGACCUCGGCGGCGGCACCUUCGACGUGUCCAUCCUGACCAUCGAGGACGGCAUCUUCGAGGUGAAGUCUACCGCCGGUGACACGCACUUGGGAGGCGAAGAUUUCGACAACCGCAUGGUGAACCACUUCGUCCAAGAGUUCAAGAGGAAGUACAAGAAAGAUCUCACCACCAACAAGAGGGCACUGAGGCGUCUAAGGACGGCGUGCGAAAGGGCGAAGAGAACCCUCUCUUCAUCCACCCAGGCUAGCAUUGAAAUAGAUUCCCUCUAUGAGGGCAUCGACUUCUAUACAUCCAUCACCAGGGCGCGUUUCGAGGAACUGAAUGCUGACCUGUUCAGAUCGACCAUGGAGCCUGUCGAGAAGUCGCUCCGUGACGCCAAAAUGGACAAGGCUCAGAUCCAUGACAUCGUCCUUGUUGGUGGUUCUACCCGUAUCCCCAAAGUGCAGAAGCUCCUACAAGACUUCUUCAAUGGAAAGGAGCUGAACAAAUCUAUCAACCCUGACGAAGCCGUGGCGUACGGUGCUGCCGUACAGGCCGCCAUUCUGCACGGAGACAAGUCUGAGGAGGUGCAGGACUUGCUGCUUCUCGACGUCACGCCUCUGUCGCUCGGUAUCGAGACCGCCGGAGGAGUGAUGACCACCCUCAUCAAGCGUAACACAACCAUUCCCACCAAGCAAACGCAAACUUUCACCACCUACUCUGAUAACCAACCCGGUGUGCUCAUCCAGGUAUUUGAGGGUGAGCGUGCCAUGACCAAGGACAACAACCUCCUCGGUAAGUUCGAGCUCACUGGCAUCCCACCAGCGCCCCGUGGCGUCCCUCAAAUCGAGGUCACCUUCGACAUCGACGCCAAUGGCAUCUUGAAUGUCUCUGCUGUCGAGAAGUCGACUAACAAGGAGAACAAGAUCACCAUCACCAACGACAAGGGCCGUCUCUCUAAGGAAGAAAUUGAGCGCAUGGUCAACGAGGCUGAGAAGUACAGGAAUGAGGAUGAGAAGCAGAAGGAGACUAUCCAGUCUAAGAACGCUCUGGAAUCCUACUGCUUCAACAUGAAGUCCACCAUGGAGGACGAGAAGCUGAAGGAGAAGAUCAGCGACUCCGACAAGCAGAUCAUCCUGGACAAAUGCAAUGACACCAUCAAAUGGUUGGACUCCAACCAGUUGGCUGAUAAGGAGGAGUACGAGCACAAGCAGAAGGAAUUGGAGGGUAUCUGCAAUCCGAUCAUCACGAAGUUGUACCAGGGCGCGGGCGGAGCCCCCGGCGGCAUGCCGGGCGGUAUGCCGGGCUUCCCUGGCGGAGCGCCCGGCGCCGGCGGAGCGGCCGCUGGAGGCGCCGGCCCCACCAUCGAGGAGGUCGAUUAAACACAUUCCACGAGUACCUUUCUGUCGCUAAUCUGCCGUCAAUUGUGAUUGCGGUGUUGCUGUCAAAACUUACUUCAAAUAAAUGAAUAUAACUUA